UCCCAGGAGGUGUGCUGGCUGGUGCAGGAAGCUGGAGCCGGCCAUGUCGGCAGCUGGGGAUGGUUUGGGGACGGGGACCGGGACCCUAUCAGUGCAUGACUUUAGCGAGAAGCUGGCCGGCCAGUCGGUGUAUUUCCACGUCCUCAGGAUGUCGGGCAGCUUCUUCCUGUGGGUUGGCACCGCCCCCACCCUCUCCAACCUCGCGGUCGCCAUGACCACCAGAUUCGACCCAACUCCAGUGUCCUCACUAAUCCUUGGAGACACCUCUGAUACCACACCUAACUCCAUAGCACAAAGACUAGCCAAGAAGACUGGGAAACAAGUGUUCAUCAGCUAUAACUUGCCCAAUACCAACACUAGCCUGUCCCUAGAAGUGGAAAACAGAAUCAAACAGGAAAUGGAGGCCAAUCCAGAUAAAUUCUAAGUGUGCUUUUAAUAUAUACUGAUUUGAUUAAUAAAAUGUUUGUAAAA